GAGAUUUUUCCUUUUUGAAAAACAAAUCCACAAGAGAUUCUUCAUUCAUUUUAUCUUUUUCAACAACCUUCUCAACAAUGCAAGAGCUCAAUGAAGCGGCAAUUGCUUAUUACAACAACGGCUCCACGGAUCAACAGAAUUUGGCAUGGCAGUUUUUCCUUUCAAUGGACGGUGACGGUAAUGGCCGUGUCAGCUUUCAAGAGUAUACCGACUUCUUGUGUAGAACCACCGGUUUAGCUUGGGUCCGUCGCGAGAUGUUUCAGGAGCUCGACCGAAACAGAGACGGCCAGCUUGACUUCUGGGAGGUCUUGACGCUUUACUAUGUGGCUCGGACGCGGACCAUCGGUUGCCGCACGUGCCUCCAGCCUCUCAUUGGUUUGUACUUUACGUGUGUAACGUGCUUUGAAUCGCAAUGUGUUUGCGACACGUUUGAUCUCUGCGUCAACUGUUAUAUGCGGCGGAAUUAUAAUCAUCCGCACCGUGUCUUCCUGGAUAGUUUUGUUUUAUUACGAUCUAAGCGUAGCCACCCUCCUCUGUUGCAGGAGCCGCAUGGCGACCAAAACAUGCCCCAACAACGACCUGCGAUGCUGGGAUGGUGGACCGCGAUGACAGCAAUGGAAGUCGCACUUUCUUUGGGAUCUCUCACUACCUUUUGCACUAUUAUGUAA